AUGUCUCCACCAUGUGCCAUUCAUACAUGCAAACGUAAAUCACAAGCAUUAUGUCAUUGUUGCAGCAAGAAUCUUUGUCUUGAUCAUUUGAAAGAACAUAAUGAUUUAAUCUAUGCUCAACUAAAUCCUCUUGUUGGCGAAAUUAAUACUCUGCAUAAUCAGAUGUUGGCAUUAAAUGUUGAUGAAGUUAUUGAUAAAUGUCGUCAAAAAUUGGAUAAAUGGCGUCAUGAUUGUCAUACUAUAAUCGAUUGUUUUUAUGAAGAAAAAUGUCAAGAACUUCAACAACGUUGUGUUCAACAAGCUAGUCAAAAACAGAAAAAAAUUCAUCAAUUGAAAUUAAAAACAAACGAACUUAUAGAAGAACAAGAAGCUACGCAUGACGAUAUUUUGUCAUUGAAAGCAACUAUUAAUGAUAUCAAACAUGAUAAUUAA